AGAUAUAUGUUAUGUGUAUGAUGAUCCCAUUGGAGGAAGUAGCGUCAUGUGACACCACUUUCUCAUAGGUGGAUCCGCAAAUGGUUAGUGCCAUAUUUGGCACAUUGGAUUGCUGAUGCAUCUAGGUUUUUUUAGUAUCUUGGUUCAUUGUGAUUGAUUCUAGUUAGGGUCAUGAGUUUAAACUUCUUUGAAUACUAAACUGAAAGGGCAUAAAUUUUGACAGUUUUUGUUGUUAAUAAUAUACAUUUGGUUUUGAAGUUUUUCUAGUCAUGUUAAGUAGAGAAAUCUUUUCUUUUAGAAUAGGUGAAUGUCUAAAUAUGAAGCUAUGAAUAUGCUGAUUGUGAAAUUGGUAUUAUCAUAGUUUGUAUUAUUAUACAAGUUCAUCAUAGCUAAUAACAAUGCACGUUCACUAUGUUCAAUAUCCCAUUAUUAGAACACUUGUACUAUGAUUGAGAGGAGUUCUGCUUACUCGUAACAAAACCAAAAUUUUAUGCAGGAAAGAAUCAAUGUGCCUUUAGUUAUGUGUGAUGUCCCACAUUAUCAUAUUGGUUCAUCAUAAAGCUCGUUUCGAUGAUUGUGCAAGUAGACAGUUUUGAAUAUAUUUGAUCACUGAAGCUUUGCAUAUACAUACAUAUACAUCUGCAUAUGUGUGCAUGCGCAAAUACAUUUGGUUUUCAAAUUUGAGUACAGAUGUGAAAUGCAGGAAGCUUUGCUAAAGUUGGGAUUUUAUUCUGGUGAGGAGGAUAUGGAGUUUUCCAGUUUCUCCAGUGGGACUGAGCGUGCUGUCAAAACUUGGCAAUCCUCAUUAGGGACAUUCGAAGACGGGGUUAUGACUUUAGAGCUCCUAGAAAGGUUAUUCAUGGAAAGAACCUUAAACGAAAAAACAAAUCAGGGAGGAUCUUCUGUAUCUAAAGCAGGAAAGGAUGGUCCAAAUGGAGCACCGACUACAUCUGUGUCUGGAGUAACAGAAAUUAAGCAGACAGUCGUAAAAGAGAGUGGUAAUGCAAACAUUGAGGUAUCUGCACAUAAAGUAUUCCUCCUUGGUGAGAAUCGAUGGGAAGAUUCAUCUAGGUUAACAGGCAGGAAUAAGCCCAUUAGCGGAAAUGCCGUAGUAUCUUCUACCAAAUGCCUUACUUGUCGUGGAGAAGGCCGUUUAAUGUGCACAGAAUGUGAUGGGUCUGGGGAGCCAAAUAUCGAACCACAGUUUAUGGAGUGGAUAGAUGAGGAUGCAAAAUGCCCAUAUUGUGAAGGACUUGGCUACACCAUCUGCGAUGUUUGCGAAGGGAAUGUCUCCGCUGCUGGCCAGAACUAGUUGAAACCUGUGAACAAUUACACUGUAUAUGUGACGCAUAUACGCCCAGAUUAUUUCCACUAGAAUGCAUACGGAUGUAGGAAGUCAGUUAAUUUGGUCUGUCCACCAACCGAGCUUAGGUGUACAUUUCAAUAUUUCAGCUGUAAAUAUUGACGAUCCAAUUGACCCCACCGAUCUGUAGUUUUUGCGUUGGCAAGAGGAGAACAUUUGAGACCACACCAACAGAUAUAUGGGACAGUAACUGCCAGGGGAAAGCUUGUUCGAAGAUACUUAAUUUGCUAUUUUUGCGUUCUUUUUUCUCUUCUAUUCCUAUAGUUUUCUGAUCUUUUUCCUAUUUAUGUAUUUAUGAUGAACGCAGACCGCCUGAUAGUGAUUUCCAAAUGCGGUCUUCUUUUGCAAA